AUGAAUUUGCCCAGCUCCCACAUCCCGCCCCGCCGCAGCGCGAGCAUCCACUCCCUCACCCCCUCGCGCGACCUCAUCGUCGCCGCAAAGUCCCCCGAGAAAUCCGCCGCCGCCGCCGCCGCGACCGCCACAAAGUCCAAACGAGUCAAGAAACCGCCCUACAUGCCUCCCACCGUCGAGUGGUCGGUACAAUUCCAGGAUGAGUCAAGACAAAUCGCCUCAGAAUACGUCGGCGGACUCGGCCGGUACGCACACCUCGACAAGGUCGCCGUCGCCGCCGCCCCCCGGCCUGAGCCGAGCCAUCUAGAGCAGACCCUCCGGCACCAGGGCCACCUCCUCCCCCACGCCCGCGCCGCCCCGGGCCCGGACGCCUCCGUGUCUCCUCGGACUCACCUUCAACACCACCCGCCGCCGCCGCCGCCGCAGCUGCCGCCCUCCUACGCCUCCUACCCGCCACACGUUGCCCAUCGACCCCCGGAGCCCCCUCGCGCCGCAGACUACCCUCCUCACCGCCGCGAGAGCGAGUCCGCCACCGCCUACCUCACCCCCCAGAACUCGGCGCACCCUGGCCCUCACCCGUACGCCGGCUACGAGCACUUCGCCGCCCUCCGCGACAACGCCCACCACUCCCACUCUCACCACCACUCCCACUCCCGCUCCCACACCCACCGCGACAGCGACGCCUCCUCCGCCGCCUCCAUCGUCCCACAACCAACCGCCCCGCCGCCGUCCUACCGGCACAGCGCUGCCGCCGGCCCCGGGGCCGCCAACGGCGCCAACGCCCUCGCACCCGACGGCAUGAUGACGCCUCCCCCCAGCGAGAAGGCCACCGCCGGCGAGCGCGAGUACCUCAACUCGCCCGAGGAGAUCCUCUACAUGCAGGUCUUCGUCGAGGAGGUCGGCGUCUGGAUGGACUCCCUCGACAAGGAGAAGCACUUCUCCCGCCUCAUCCCCUACCAUGCCCUCAAGUCGCCCAUGCUGCUCAACGCCUUCCUCGCCUGCGGCGUCAAGCACCUCACCCUCGUCAACCCGGCCUACCAGGACGACAAGGCCCUCUUCUACUACGACACCGCCACCACCCAGCUGCUGCGCUCGCUGCAGAACCCCGACCGCAACACCGGCGAGUGCGCCACCACCGCCGUCGUCCUCAACGUCUACGAGAUCAUGUCCGAGAAGCCCGCCCAGCGCAUGAACCACAUCGCCGGCGCCCGCGCCCUCAUCCGCGAGUGCAAGUGGGACGCGCGCUCCAGCGGCAUCGGCGCCGCGUGCUUCUGGCUCAACAUCGGCAUGGAGGUGCUUUCCUGCCUGGCCUUCAACUGGCAGACGUCGUGGGACCCGGACUCUUGGGGGCUGGACAUGGACUUUGCCGCCGAGAGCAACGGUGCCGGUGCUGCGACUGCUGCCGCGGCGGCAUCAGGAGAUGGCUUCGGGUCGGAGGAGCUGUGGGUGCAUCGCAUCCUGUACAUCGUGGCCAAGAUCGCCAACUUCCGCGCCACGAUCCCGCGCUUCCAGGAGCCGAGCCCGCACGACGAGCAGAUCCGCCUCGGCAACCGGCUCGCGCAGUGGCAGGACCUCAAGCGGCUGUGCGACAAGUGGAACAACGCGUGCCCGCGCACGAUGCACCCCUUCGGCUACCUCUACCCCUCGCAGACAAACUCCAAGUCUGCCUUCCCCAACGUCUGGCUCAUCAAACGCGCCGCCAUCAUCGGCCGCCUCUUCUACCACACCGCCCAAUGCCUCCUCGCGCAGACCAACCCCAUGGAACCCGGCAAGGCCUCCGAGGAAAUGCGCGCUCUGCAGCUGCACCACGCGCACCAGGUCUGCGGCAUCGUCGCGCACACAAAGGACCGCGGCGUCGCCUCCGUCGCCAUCCGCUCCCUCGCCAUCGCCUCCGCCGUGCUCACCGACCCGCGCGAGCAGGAGGAGGUCCUCGAGAUCCUCGACAAGAUCCACACCGCCUCCGGCUGGCGCCUCGGCAAGAUCCACUCCGAGCUGAAGAAGUCGUGGGGCUGGCCCUCGCCCGCGGGCGGGAACACGCCCGUCAUGGCGCAUCCGGACCCAAGAGGAGGAAGCAGCGGCGGCGGCGGGAAGUACUACGCGAGCAGCACGAGCGGCGGCGCACCGCCUGCGAUGACGGCGGCGAGCAGCCAGCCGCCCGCGGCGCCGAUGAAGGCGCUCGUGAACCCGCUCAGCUUCGCGGAUUUCUCGCUGCCGAAUCACCCGUACCAGAACUGGUACGAGCCGCCGAAUAGGUCCAACUCGUACAGCUCGCAGACUUUCCUCUGA